UUCGUUUGCCACGCUUCCCAACACCCUAACAAUUGUUUACAAUAACUGGAUCGCGUUGACAGUUAAUUUAAUAAACUGCAGAGAUUACAAUUUUUUUUUAUUUGCAAGAUGAUUAGCGAGAACUUUAUGCGUAAUUGGCAUAACAGCUGAAUUGUAUAUUUAUAUAUCUUUUUUUCAACGUAAUACAUCUUUGCGCUUUUAAUAGAUCUGUGUUAUUUCGAUGACAUGUUGCCAAAUAAUACGUUUAACAACCGGGAAUUUACGAUCUGUGUUAUUUUUAAGACAAUUUUCUUCUUCGACUCAUAUUGCGAGUUUUAUUAAUUAUCGUUUGCGGUUUUUCGAAGAGCACAUUAUUGUCAAGGGAUGACUGGAUGCUGAGAGAUUGCCGAGAAUCUUAAAAAGAUCGAUCGAACAUGGAUCAGAUCAUCGACAUAGACGACGUUGAGGAUGGGAUGCGCUCUUCCAAGGGUACAGCGGUCAGUUGCGUCAACUCAAACUCGAUAUGCUACGUCGCGAUCACAAUCGCGACCCUGGCCUUCCUCGGCGCCAUAGUUUUCGUCUGCAGGGACUACAUCAAGGUGCUCCUCUACUGGAUCGAGCAUCAGAACGCCUGGAUGAUCACCGUCAUCUUCAUAGGCCUGUUCACGGUGGUGUCGUUCCCGAUCGUGAUCGGCUAUCUGUUCCUCAUCAUCGCCAGUGGCUACUUGUUUGGCGCCAUGCACGGCAUAGCGAUUGUCAUACUCUCCGCCAAUCUCGGCAUAGCCAUAGCUCAUGUCACUUUGGGACUGCUGUCCACCAGGCUGCCGAUAGGUGCUCUCCUGCAGAGCGACACGGCGAGGGCGAUACUCCGCGUCAUCUCCGGGCCUCAAGCCUUCAAGAUCGUGCUGUUCGCGCGACUCACUCCAAUUCCUUUUGGUCUUCAAAACACUAUUUUUGCGGUCAGUAACAUAGGUGGUUUUCAUUAUCACAUAGCGAGCGCGAUAGGUUUGUUGCCGGCGCAAUUAAUCAACGUCUACUUGGGCAGUAGUUUGAGAUCGAUGCAAGAUGUGCUGGAGGAUAGAUCCACGGCCGCGACCGGCUACAUAGUUUUUUGCAUCCAGAUAUUAGUGGGACUCUCGCUAAUGGUUUAUAUCGUCCAAAAAGCGCGAAAGGAGCUUCAGCUGACGUUGUUUAAAGCUGAUCUCGCGUCCGUGGCAAAUUCUCCUCAUUACAUUCUUGAUGGUCUGCCAGACUCCAAGAUAAUCCUAACAAAUCUAAUUGCGUGAAUUUUUUUUACGCUUAAAUUAUAGGCAAUUGCACUACAAUCUUUUGCUUACUACAAACAUAGUACAGUUGAGAUUCUUUUUUUAUAUUAUUGAUAUUUUUUCAUCUCUCUCUAGCGUUCCCUUAUAUACUUCCAGUAUUUCGCUAACUUACCAGUGGUGCUUCUAAAAAUCUAGGGUUUGGAAUCUAGGCAUUGUUGUACGUGAAUCCGUAACAGAUAUAAUAUGUAUUGAGUCUUACCAAAGUUUUAACAUAAUUUUAAUAAUAAACACUCAAAGUUGAACGGAGCACGUAAUGUUAUCGAUGUGUAAGCACGUAUAUUUUCGUAAAUAAUAAUGGAUGAAGCACAAGGGAAAGUCAACGCUACUGCGAAUACCAGUGUAUAAAGCUUCCUUGCAAUAAGAGUGUAUUAUAUAAUUUAUAUAUUGCUCACAUACACAUAUAUACAUUUAACAUUAAUAAUAGAGACUGAGAAACUUUACACUUAUACCUUUUACAUGUUAUUUAAUCAAUUAUUAUUGGUCUCUUUCAGUUCUUCAAAUCCAAUUGUUAACAUAAUGUUAAUAUUUAUGCAUUUGUCUGUCUUCUCAUGCGAUAUAUAUUGCAUUUGUAUAUUAUACAUAUAUAUAC